GUGGCCCAUGCUUGUUGGAGUUCAUAUUUGCCUGAAGAGAGUGCAAUAUUGUUGGUUAAUGGGGAAUUGAGAUUAUAUGACUUAAAUUAUUGUGUUGGGGUCAAGAAUCUGCCUGUGAAAUUUAAGGGAGAGUUGGUUUCAAAGAAUUUGGGGAGUUUGAUUUCAAGAGAGUCUGACAACGAUUGGUUUUGUUGUGAAUUUGGAUGGCAUCCUAGGGUUUUGAUUGUUACUUCUAAAACCACGGUUUUGAUGGUUGAUUUUAGGGACAAGAAGGUGAAGGUUACAGUUUUAGCAAAGAUCGAAUUAUGCAAUUCUGUCAAGCACCAUUUCAUAGAGAGUGAUAGAUUUCAAGCUUUUUGCAAAGCCAGUUUUGAUGUUUUCCUGUUCUCAAUGGCUACUAAAUACUAUCUAUUACUAUUUGACACUAGGAAGCCAUUAGAUCCUGUAUUGCAAUGGGAUCAUCAUCUGGAUCAUAUGCGUUACAUUAAUAUCCUUUUUUGUUAUGGGCCUCAUCCUAUAGUUGAUUUGAAGCUAGGUUGGACCUCUGAUAGUGGUUCUUUAUAUGCUUGGGGUCUUCCAUCUGAGAUCGCUUUGGUUUCACAGGAUUGUUGUUGUAUUGAUUGUGAAUUGAAAGAAGAAUUCAGGACAGAUUCAUAUAAGCUGCAAAAGCGUGAGAAGGUUUUGGGUUUUUUUGUACUUAGUGAGGCAUGUUCAGAGAGAUAUGAAGAUGAUUGUACAAGUGGUUUCUUUAUGAUUAGGCUGACAUCUAAUGGGAUCUUUGAAACAUUGAAAUGCCAGGCUUUGUGGGAUUUCUCUUGUGUAAAGUCCAGUUGUAAACCGGUUCAGGUACAAUCUAGGACUACAUUUCCUUCACAUGUGGAACCAGAAGACAUCGAUCAUCUCAAAUUGCUGCACAAAAAGUUUGAUUACUUCUUGGGAUACUUCAGUGGUGGUCCAACUCUUGCUGAAGUUUUGAAUUCGAGACUAGAAGAAACUUCAAGUAGAGGAUCAAUGCAUUGUAACAAUGUUGAAAGUACCGAAGCUGCAAAGGAGUUAAUAUUGGAGGCAUGGAAAGCUUCAGGUCAGGUGGAGUUUGGCUCACUUCCCUCGAUGGACUAUGUUCUUGGUGACAUAAAUACUCCUAGCAGUGCUCAUGAAAUUAUAUCUAAGAGUAUAUGGACUGGUCUAAAUUUGUGUUAUGUGGAGUUGGCAUUUGAUUCAGAUCUAAAUCACACUGGUCCUGACUUCUUGGCCAUUCCUAGCUCCUCUUCCACUCAAUUGCCACCGUUUCCAUUUCGUGUACCAUCAAAAAGUUAUGGGAGAUCGCGCUCCAAGGCCACUAAGAAGUGUGAUCAAGUUGGUCCUCUCAGUGAGAAGGGUGAUGUAAUUGAUCUAGUGCCUCCCCAUCUAGUUGGGCCAAUGCUCCCCCUUCCCCUUUUGCUAACUUUUCAGAUCAUCGAUAAAGGAAGAGCAUCUUUUGUUCCUGAGAUUAAUUGGUUGUCUACAGAUGCGGAAAUGGGUAAUCAAUGUCAAGAACUCAUCAGUUUAGCCAAGAGUUCGAAACUGCCGAAAUCUCAUCCUAGACCUGAAGUGCCUUAUGCGGUGUCUCUCUCUGAUGAUUAUGAUGCAUGGACUGAGUCCCAAGACCCCGAAGAAGAGGGGCACUUAUUCUACAUGAGACCCAGCAAAUAA